UACGGACUAGUGCAUAUGGCUGGACUGUUACCUGGAGAUCCCUCACACCAUGGAAUGGUUGAAAGUGGGCCAUACAACUUUUCUGAAGAGAAGCCCGAGGAUGGAGGUCGCUGGUAUUUCUCUAGGAAAGAAAUUGAAGAAAACUCGUCAUCCAGAAGAGAUGGCAUCGACUUAAAGAAGGAGACAUAUUUACGCAAGUCUUACUGUACAUUUCUGCAGGAUUUGGGCAUGAGGCUUAAAGUACCCCAGGUGACAAUAGCUACAGCAAUAAUAUUUUGCCAUCGUUUUUUUCUUCGUCAAUCUCAUGCAAAGAAUGAUCGGAGGACAAUUGCAACUGUAUGCAUGUUCCUUGCGGGAAAGGUUGAGGAGACUCCUCGGCCGCUAAAGGAUGUUAUCCUAGUUUCUUAUGAAAUUAUUUAUAAAAAGGAUCCAGCUGCAGUCCACAAAAUCAAGCAGAAGGAAGUCUAUGAACAACAGAAAGAGUUGGUUUUACUUGGAGAGAGGGUUGUACUGGCGACUCUUGGUUUUGACCUCAAUGUGCAGCACCCAUAUAAGCCUCUUGUUGAAGCGAUAAAAAAGUUCAAGGUUGCACAGAAUGCGCUUGCCCAAGUAGCAUGGAAUUUUGUCAAUGAUGGGCUGCGGACGUCGCUCUGCCUGCAAUUUAAGCCUCACCACAUCGCAGCAGGAGCCAUCUUCCUUGCUGCCAAGUUCUUGAAAGUGAAGCUUCCAUCUGAUGGCGAGAAGGUCUGGUGGCAAGAAUUUGAUGUCACCCCACGCCAAUUGGAGGAGGUUAGCAAUCAAAUGUUGGAACUAUAUGAACAGAACCGCAUUCCAGUUUCCCAGGGGAGUGAAGUUGAAGGAAGUGCUGGAAUUGGGGCUACUCAUCGGGCCGCGACAAAAACUCCAACCCCCAAUGAGGAACCCUUAGCCAAUGGUAGUGCUCAGGCUGGAGGUGUAUCUACAACAAGGCCUGGAGCUUCAGUGCCAUCGUCAUCUAGAACAGGGUCUGAUCAGUCACAUGCUGACGAUCAAGGUGGACCUCAGAGAAGUACCCAAAAUCGAAGUACUGAGUAUGGUAACUCGGAUACAAAAAGUGUUAUUUUGGAUCACGAGGAAGAUGGGGAAAUUAAAGUUCAUUGGCAUACUGAACAGGAGUCGUUGCCCUACAACAAGGAGCAUGGGGGAGAUUCAAACAGGUCUAAGUUCGAGUCAGAGAGACGUGCAGAAGAAGAUCAACAAAGAAAUGGUAGGAGAAGUGAAACAACAGAAGCAGGGAAAUGGAAAAAUGAGGGUGCUGCACCAUACAAGUCCAGCAGCUCAGGUGGUCGGAAUUUGGAUCACAGAGAAGCUUCUGUGGGUCAGUCUCCGCACGAUGCUAUUAAAAAGAUUGAUAAGGACAAGGUAAAGGCAGCACUGGAGAAAAGAAAGAAGUCUCGUGGUGAUGUGGCGCGGAAAAUGGAGUUGAUGGAUGAAGAUGAUCUUAUUGAGCGGGAGCUGGAAGAUGGUGUUGAAUUGGCUGCUGAGGAUGAGAAGAUCAAGCGGGAGAGGAGGCAAAGCUGGUCUAAGCUUUCAAACAGGUCAGAACCUGAAAAUCAGAAUUAUGGGAAGGAUCACCAUGAUAUUGGACAUGGAAAUCAUUCUGGAAUGGAAGAGCAGCCAUCUCAGGGACCAGAUGUGGAGAAUGUAGAAGAAGGGGAAGUCUCUUUAUACGAUGAUGCAGACCGAGGAUAUCAGUCACCCAAGUCGAAUGGUCGCAAGAGAAGGGCUGGGAGUCCACCAGACAAACGAUUGGAGGGAAAACGGCGGUACGAUCGGUCAAUGGGGUAUCACAAUAGUCGUCAUGAUAUUGUGGAAGAUGGAAACAGGAUGGGCCGUAAUGGUUAUGCAGAGAGGGAUCACAAUAGGCAUACACAAGAAAAUCAUAUGUGAGGUGUGUCUACUGUAAUAUACUUAGUGUGCUACAAUUGGGCUGCCAAUUCGCAUUCAUUGUUUGCAUAUAAAGAGGAAUUGGGGCUGCCAUAGAUUUCAUGAAAUCAAAGUAAUAGAUGGACUCGACGCUUCAGGUUCCGAAUCAAGAUGGCCGGUGAAGGAAAUAAGUUUCAUUCUAACUGUAUUUGGUAAGUACUGUAUGGUCAGUGGGGUAUUUAAUUUUAAGGGGCAAGACUCCUGUUCCAUUACUUAUCUGCACUUUCACAAGUUAUUUAGUGUUGUUGAGAAUAUAUCUUUGGUCAACAGCAUUUAUCCUGUAUCAUUAUCAUGAUAAUAGGGAUUUCUGAGCUUGCUAACUUCUGCAGUGGGGGAUAUUAUUGCUGUAUCUGGGAAUGGAGAGCUUGAUCAAUUGGUGAUUUGGUGGUGGUAGUUGUCAACCCAUAUAUGGUUCUUAGUGCCCUGUACUUAGCUUUAGGUCUCGAUGGUGGUUCAUCCUUUUCUUAUUCAAGGUGAUCUUGUUUUAUAUUACUCUUUUUGAAAUGAGGAAAAGGCCAACUCAUCUCUCUUAUUU